AUGAAGGCUGCUGUCCUCCUCUCCGCCGCCGUGCUCGCGGCCCCCUCUCUGGCCGCACCUGCUGCCGCGCCUGCUCCCGCUGCAGGCGCCCCCCCAGCUGACGCCGUCGCCGCCCGUGGUGAUGGUUAUGCCAGCUAUGGCGACUACCCGCCCCCCAAGGACGGUUAUGCUUCGUAUGGUGACUAUCCUCCGCCCAAGGAUGGCUACGGCAGCUACGGCUCCUACAAGAAAGACAAGCGCGGCGAGAAAAAGGCCGCUGGCUAUGCCACCUACGGCGACUACCCGCCGCCCAAGGACGGCUAUGCCAGCUACGGUGACUACCCGCCUCCCAAGGACGGCUACGGCAGCUAUGGCUCCUACAAGGAGAAGCGCGGCGAGAAGAAGGCUGCUGGCUAUGCCAGCUAUGGCGACUACCCGCCGCCCAAGGACGGCUAUGCUUCGUAUGGUGACUAUCCGCCUCCCAAGGACGGCUACGGUAGCUACGGCGCCUACAAGAAAGAGAAGCGCGGCGAGAAGCAGGCCGACGGUUACGCCAGCUACGGCGAUUACCCGCCGCCCAAGGACGGCUACGUCAGCUACGGCGACUACAAGGGCGACGGUGCCCUCAAGGGCGACGGCAAGGACGAGGGCAACAAGGUCGACGGCUACGCGAGCUACGGCGACUACCCGCCGCCCAAGGGCGGCUAUGGCAGCUACGGUGCGUACAAGGAGAAGCGCGGAGAGAAGAAGGCCGACGGCUAUGCGUCCUACGGCGACUAUCCUCCCGAGGGCAGCUACGCAAGCUACGGCGACUACCCUCCGCCCAAGGGCGGCUACGGGAGCUACGGCACAUACCGCCGGUGGGUGAACAGCAUCAAGAGUUUCUUUGCGUGA